UCUAAACAUGGCCGCUAAAGAAUGGACGGACUGUAUCAAAAACCUGAAAGGAGUUGUUUUAGAUAUGUGCGGCGUGUUGUAUGACAGCGGGGAAGGAGGAGGCAUUCCUAUUCCUGGCUCUGUUGAAGCAGUGAAAAGGAUCAAGGCGUCGGACCUGCAGCUGCGGUUCUGCACCAACGAGACCCAGGCCACACGGGAGAAGUUUGUGGCGAAGCUGCGGAGGAUGGGCUUCGACAUCUCGGUGAGCGAGGUGUUCUCCCCGGCGCCCGCCGCCCUGGCCAUCCUGAAGGAGCGCAGCCUCCGGCCUCACCUGCUGGUACAUGAUGAUGUUUUGCCUGAGUUUGACAGUGUCGAGAAGACGAACCCAAACUGCGUGGUCAUCGGGGAUGCAGCCGACAAUUUCUCCUACCGGGCCCUCAACGAUGCUUUCCAGGUUCUGAUGGGCCUGGAGAAGCCGGUGCUUUUCUCUUUGGGCAAAGGGCGCUACUACAAAGAGACCGACGGCCUGAAGCUGGAUGUGGGUGUGUUCAUGAAGGCUCUAGAGUAUGCCUGCGACGUGGAGGCGGAGGUGGUGGGAAAGCCGGCACCGAUGUUUUUCCAGAGCACUCUGACUGACAUGGGCAUCCAGCCCCAGGAGGCGUUGAUGAUCGGAGAUGAUCUGGUGAAUGAUGUAGGCGGAGCUCAGAACUGCGGAAUGAAGGCCCUUCAAGUGAGGACGGGGAAAUACAGGCCCAGUGACGAGAAGCACCCCACGGUGACGGCGGACGGGUACGUCAACAACCUGGCUGAAGCGGUGGACGUCAUCCUGAAGCACAGGGGCCAGUGAGGCCCAAACACUGACCCAAGACCUGACCGUCCAUCCCUGAGGAAAACCACCGCCUUACAGUCUCUGUGUCACUAGAGCACAGUGGUAGGUGGAGAAAUUAGGUAGACUGACAGAUAGAGGCUAGUCAGACUGAAUUAGGUCAGACUUCAGAUCACCCAAGGUGCCUUUUGGCCUGGUUUGAUGUUAACGACACAUUUCAGGAAGUUAGUUCCCUUUUUUCAAUACUUAGAGGAUCUUUUUGUUUACGUCAGCUUAAAAUAAUGCAGAAGAAUGUUGCGCAAGCUAUGACAUACAUCAUAACUUGCACAAUGAUUGAAUCAGGGCUUUAGUCUUAAUCCCAAGUAAUAAACUUCACGUGGAUGUCAUUUCAGAGGAAGGACACACAGCUACUUUGUGUUAAACUAAAGAUGUCUGUAGUCUAACCUAUAAGAGUACACAUAAAACGAGUUUUAAAAAGGGAGGUUCCCCCAGUCUGGGAGUGUUCUGUGACACGCAGUGUAGAAAGAUGUGCAUGAGCUAGGAAAUCCCUUUAUUGUAGUUUAAGCAGGCAUAAGCUCUCCCACACAGAACUUAGAACUACUAAGACGGUACUUUCACCAACUAGUUGUGGUAGGUCAUGAUACUCAUAUGAAAAGGUAUUUUUCUGUGUAUCUUUUGGUAUGAAUGCUGUUGGGCAGGUCAUGUAUGCACCUAACUGUGUAUGAGUGAAGUACUCCAUGAUACACUGAAACUUAUUGUCGGUUUUUUGUUUGUGUAUAAAAUAAAUAUCCCCACAGUGUACUGUAAUUUGUAGCAACUGUGGCCGCUUAUGCCAACUGGAA